AUGCGCACCAACUCCGCAACAGACACCCAACGGGCAACUUGUGGUCCGUCACCGAUUACAAUCGCAAUCCUUUGUGAGGACGCAACUCCCAAGAGGGAUGACUCUGUUGAUCCCCACUUGAUUGCUACUGCUUCGGCCUGGCGCAAUGUCAUUGAUAACUGUGCGGCCGAGGGCUUUUUUGUGUUAAUCAAGGAUGUAGAAGAGAUUAAUGAAAAACUGGCAAAGAAGAUUCUCCGUCUUUGUAACGAACGCGUCACUUUAUAG